GGAGGGGGGAGGGGAGAUGCAAGCAAGACCCGGCAAGCAGACAAGACGAAACUUGACGAAACAUUGCUAUCAAAACAAAACAUUGGGUCUGUCGCACAUCGUACUUUUGUCGUAAAAAGUUCGUUUUUCUGCGUCAACUCGUCAAAACUUGGAGUAAUGGAGAAAAUUUACGGAUGUGGUGAACUAGAUUACACAUCUGAACCCAUUUGUUUGCGUGAUUUCUUAACUGAGGCAUCACUUCAGCACCACCCUUUUGUUCAUGGUCAGAUAUCAGAAGAAGGAAUUACGAAAAACCACGAGGACAAUGCUUACAGGGAAAGGAUGUUAGAUAUGAUGAACAGUAAUCUAACAGAUUCAGAAUUCACUGACCUAGAGAAUAUUUGCAGUUCAGAUAAUCUGGCAGAUGCAUCAAUGGCAGGAGCACGGGCUAAAGAUGUUCAAACAGCCAGCCUCUUCUCCCGAGUUGACUUGCCACAGAAGUCCGAUCUAGAGACAGUAAAAAGAGCUAAAAUCCGUACCAGAUUUCAUGAACGGCACAUGAAAUAUGCAGGAAUCCUCUUGCUGGAAAAAAGUCAGAAGUCAAGCAAGUCUCAGAAAGAUGAUUUGACUCCAGGGACUGAUUUAUUUGUUGUUAUUCGUAUCUAUGCCCCUUUCAAACACAAGAUUGGUAAGCGUAGUACUAAAAUUGCGACUGGCGGGCAGGAAAUUGCUGUUCUUGGUUCUCAAACUUUAGCCGACUUGAGAGAUAAGUUUCCAUGUGCCUCUGACCACAUUAUUUGUCAAGAUCUCAGCUCAAAUCCAUUCUGUAAAACAAUGAAUAUGGCUAAGGACAAAUAUAAGUCUGGAAUGAUUUAUAUUGGAGACAAGUUUUAUGAUGAUACACGGCACUCCUCAAAUAUAGAGUAUAGUGAAACGGUACUCAAAUGGGCCAAAGAAAGACAUCUAAAUUUGGGAAACAAAGCAAAAAUGGAGGAUACUAAUAUUAUUGAUCUCUCAGUGAGAUUGGGCUAUCCUUACCUUUAUCAGCACCAGGGAAAUUGUGAACAUCUCUUCUGUUUUUCUGACAUAAGGCUUCUCCAUCAGUCAGAUCCACUUCAAAGAUCUCUGUAUCCAUCUUUGAGAAGCAUGUGUCGACAGCAUUCUCGUUACUGCAUGCUAUGUGGGCACUAUAUUGCUAAGUGGGUAACUGUUGGGAACUCACGUGUUCCACACGACCCUUGUUAUUUUUGUCAGACAUGUUUCUUCUCAUACAACUAUGUUGACAACCAAAAGAUAGGAGAGUUUGCCGCUUAUCCAUUUUCAGACUCAGCCUCAGAGUUUAUUGCUCAAGUAUAAUGUAUAAUUCAUGGAAAUCCUUGCAGCUUAACUUCAGUGAAACUACACAUAAACAACUGCCUUAAA